UUUAACGUUUAACGGUCGAAUAAAGUGAUCGUUUACUAUGAUGCUCCUUAAGAGAUAAACAGUAGCAAAGGAAUCUGAGUGACAGUGCAGGCUUACGUUUACCGAAUCACCUUACAGCGAUUACUAAGGCAUUAUGGCAACGGCCAAGGAGUUUAAAAGUGUGUUGAAGCAAGCAGAAUACUUAGGCGUUACUGAAGAGCAAUUGAAUCGACUGAAAUUAGUAAGAAAAAUACGAAACGAAGGAAAAAAUUGGCAGCAACAAAACGCGGAAUAUAUUACUGCUGCAUCCGUGUUGUUUAUCGCAGUUGUGCUGCCGAUAUUAUUAACUUAUUGCACAAUCAUUUUUAAGACUCAACUCGGUUUACUACUUUUGCAAAGAUAUUUAGGACGAAAUCAAACAAUCCACCAAUUCUCAUGUAUUGUCGAUUCAUCAAUACUGUUACAGGCAUUCAGGCCUCCAGUUAACUGUAGCAAAUGUGCAGGCGUUACCGAUAUAAUGUACGCUACAAAUUUAUCUCCGAAAGAAUUUCUUGAGAAAUACGCUUUCAACAUGCAGCCUUUGGUUGUGAAAGAUGGUCAAAGUAAUUGGACCGCUCGGGAAACUUUUAGCUUCGAAUAUUUUAAAGGCAUUUACCCUCCUGGCUCUAAGGCACUCAAUAUAAUACGAAAUCGCUGCCAGUUCUUUCCAUACAACACCGAAAUGAACGGCCCAGAAGAAUUCUUCAACAUGUCGAAGAGCAGAUUUGAGGGAAAAGAAGAUCACUGGUAUAUCGGUUGGAGCAAUUGUGCCGGCUCGUCAGUGAACGAAAUUAAGAGUCAUUACCAGAUACCAUACUUUAUACCAAUAGAGUUGGAUCAUAGUAGAAUUGAUUGGAUAUUUAUGGGACUACCUGGUCUUGGAGCACCAAUGCAUUUGGACUUGGUAUACGGAACAUCAUGGCAAGCCCAAUUAAGCGGCUACAAGAAAUGGACGCUUCAAGCUCCGCCGGAAUGUUGGGGAAUUUGUCCAAGUCAGAUUGAAUUCACUGUCGGCCCAGGAGACAUAAUGGUUUUUGAUGGCAACAGAUGGUUUCAUCAAACCGACAUUGUAGGAGACGAAAUGAGCGUCGUUAUCGGAUCGGAAUUUUUUUGAUAUUUUGCUGGUACCGUGUAUCUGGAUACUGAAACUUGUAUAUACAAAAGCGGGAGAGAUGUAAAUUUUGUUAUGUUUUGUUGAAAGAGCAUAUAGGGCUUACAAUGAUUUUAUUGCUGUGUGUUUGCUCGCAAUGCUUAAGCCUGCAUUCGUGUUCACAAUAAACAAAUAUUUAUAAAAUCAAACAAUUUA